AUGGCGGACGAUCUCGAUGUCCCCAGCCAUUAUGGCAUCCAAAAUCCCUUUCCGGAGGAGUGGCCGGCUGAACUAGAUGAGGGCGACGUUUCCGAACCCGAAGAAGGAGAGUCCGGCGCUGGUCCCAAACUGAAAAGACGAUCAACGAGAUAUUCGGCGCUUGCCGGACUCAACAGCAGGACUUUGAGUACGCGCUCAAUUCGAACAGGGGCGGCGGGUGACAAUGUCGCUAUCAAGGAUGAGCCCGAUCCGCUGGGAACUUCUGACAGUGUGAUGUAUAUUCUCAAGCAGCAGCGGAUUCCUGUCGACGAUGACCCUCGUUUACGGAGCCGGUUCCUUUUGUCUUCGACGUCGUUUUCACCCGCGCUAUUUCUAGCCCAGGCGCAUCAAAAUGCUUCAACCGAGUCGCUUCUCGAAGGCCUUGAAUUUCUUUCUCGGUCCAUUGACCAAAAAUCGGCUUCGUUGAAGGUGCUCGUAGAAGCCAAUUUCGAGCGUUUCGUGCGCGCAAAAGCGACUAUCGAUAGUGUAUAUACGGAGAUGAGGGACCAAGGAGCAGCCAAAGCUAGACCUCAAUCGCAAAGGGCAAGCAGCUCAUAUCGGUACUCGCUUGUUGGAGGCGUGCCUCCACCCCCGGCGCCAGCCACGAAGAAAACUGCCCUAACAAAGGAGGCUGAAUACGGAGUGAAGGGUAUUCGAACACCAUUGGUUGAGGCAUCUGUGAAAGCAGAAGAACUAUGGGGUCCGGCAUUGGGCGGACGGGAACGCGAGCAGAAUCUUUAUUCAUUAGUAAAUGCAGUCGAAAAGAAUCGAGCAGUAUAUGAAGUUGGAGGCAAUAUUUCGAGAGCGAUCAAACAACGAGACUAUCAGUCGGUGUUCGAGGAAUAUCGCCACGCUAAAACGUUGAGAAAUGAAGCUAGACAGCUAGCAGACCGUGCAACAACACGGGGCCGCCAAUUGACAGAUCAAGAGAGUCAUACCAUGCUAGCGACUGGGCGAAUGUGGGUUGAUGUCGAACAACAGGUCGAGUCAUUUAAGCGGGACUUAUGGCAUCGUCUAAGUGAUGUCAAUGCUUCAUCUUCCCAUAUGACAGCCGCAGGGCCGGUCGAAGAGCAUAUGGAACUUAUUGGUGCGCUCCUGGAACUCGGAGUGGAGGAUAAUCCUGUUUGGAUCUGGCUUCUGAGUCGGUACGAUCUGCUCAAAUCGAAGAUUGUCGCCUUUUGUGAGCGCUCUAGUGUCGAGAUUGAGAUACUCAGACGGCGGCUUGCGCUUGGAGAAAAACCCAGCACCCAGGUUAUAACAACAUAUCUACGUGCAACCACGCGUGAGGGGACGGAGUCGCAGGAUAGUCUGGACACUGAUCAAGUCAUUGAGCUAUGGGAAUCUAUUCAUACCUAUCUUACGAAGCUGCUUUCGAUGCAAACUGGGUUGCUUGGUGAAGUUACAGAGUUUUGGGAGACGGCUCAAUCUUUCAUUAACGGAAGCAAACAAAAAAUGCUGCCAGCGGGCUUUGAAGGUGAAAGUCGCAAACACCAUCGACUUUCCAAUGACGGCGUGAAACAGUUACAAGACGGCAUCAUCGAACUGGUCGAUUUGAUCCGGAAAAGCGUUCUGUCUUUGUUUGUUGAUCCGCCACCAGAAGACAUUUCUCUUCUCGCUUCACCCUUACCACCGAGUCCUAACAGUCCUAUGAGCCGUAUCACGCCCACUGAAUCUCGUUUCAAACUUGACCCUAAGAACCUGCCUCCUCCGUCACCAAGGCGUGGUGAAGCAUGGGAAGAGUUUGCAUUCUGGCCGCCUUAUUCCAACUCCCUGAGUGGUGUUCAUUAUUUGAGCCAAUUCCUGAUUCUUAUCGGCACGGCUGCGAGUGAUAUGUCAGCAAUGUCUCCCAUAGAGGCAGGAAGCACUUCCUAUGAUCGACUGAAGAACCUUGUCAGUAUCGCUCGCGAAAGAUGCGUGCGGGCUGCCUGUGCGGCAUGGAAUAAAGACGCCGAAAACUGCAAGAUGCUCGAAGACUGGACCCGCGAUCCAGACAGACGCGAACUCACAAAGAUGCCAGGAUUCUUCGUUGCAUUCGAAAGUAACGUGCUAUCUGGAAUGCAAAAGAUACUGUAUAUUUCGGAAGCAAUGAGCAAGGCUGGAUCAGUCAAUGUUGUCACGCCGCCACCGGCCAAAUUAUUGCAGAUGGUGCGAACUCAGUUCGUGACCAGUGUUUACAAAGCUCUUAGUGGUAUUGUUGAGAAUGCCGAGCGGCCGGUCAAGGUGGGUGAAGAAGAGGAAUGGGCUCUGAAACCUACAGUUCCGGUGAGAAGCAUUGAUGCUGCAUCAACGAUUAUCACCACGGACAAUGUGGAUGCAAGAAAUAGGAACAUACGAAUGCUUUUGACCCUAUCGAAUCUCAAAGCACUUCAGUCAGAUUUCGUGCCACAGCUAGUAUCCAAUUUUGAGACAGCGUUCUCGGUGAAAUUGACCGAUGAAGCAAACACCAUUCGCGACGUACUCGGGCAGAUUGACGACCGACUUUUCCAAUCAUACACCAACCCGACAAGCGCAACCUUGCAUUCUGUCAUUCAAGAAGGCAUCACAGCUGCCGACUGGGUGCCAACCACAAGCCGACCCGAGCAAGUCAAGCCAUACGUAUACACUACCAUGUUGACGCUCGUCCUCGUCCACACCGAAAUCACAACAACCAUCCCCGUUCAGCCAGGGACAUCCCUCUCAUCGACCUCUUCAUCUUCAGCUCAGGCAAAUCCUUUGUUAACCAGCGUCCUUACACAUCUUGUCACUAAGAUAUCCACUUCAUUGCUCACAGCAUUCCAAUCCCGUCCUAAAUACACGCUUCCUGCGCUUAUGCAGGCAACGUUAGACACCGAGUUUAUUGCACAAACCAUGUCGCAAUAUGUUACGGAAGAGGCGUCUUCGAUUCAAAGUCAGAUUUAUCUCGAGCUUGACCGGCGAACAAAUAACGAGGCUCGAACAAUGUUACAGGCUGAGUUGGGAGAGAUGAGAGGUAUUUUGAAGAAGCUACGGGAGCAUACCAAGGGCGAGUUUACUUGUUUUAGGAAAGUGAGAACCGGUGUCAAAGGGACAACGCAGUAA